UUCCACCUUGUCCACUUUGAUGGUUGCAGAAAUAAGCAUUCAUUGAGGCAGGAGGGUUUUAUCAGUAGUGAGAAGGCUGCGUUGACACGAUGUUCGGAUGUUCAAUGUUGUCUGCCUCGAUUAUUCUUAGUAGAUGGACUCUUAUUGAACCCACAGAGGUUCCACAGCACAACUCGUUUGCUGUGGCUGAAGUUGGUGGGAGUUUCACACUGCGAUGUCCAGUGUUGGAUGAUAAUUUCAUUUAUUGGCAUAAACAGACUCUGGGAAACAAGGGCCAAACAGUCGCUACUAGUGUUUAUGGCAGACUGUCACUACAGGGAGAGUUUACCGGCACACGUUUCAACAUCACAAAAGAAGAUUCUCAGUUUCUUCUAACAAUCAGAAACGUAACAAAGGAGGAUGAAGCAACGUACAUCUGUCUGAGUGGAACAACAUAUUCCCUGACCUUAGCUAACAACGUCUUCCUGGCUGUGAAAGAUCCAAAUAAAGAGAAAUGUGUCUCAGUGAAACAACAUCCAAAGACCGAGUCCGUGGUGCCGGGAAACUCAGUGAACCUUCAAUGUUCACUUCACUCCAAGACUGAAGAGAACAAAGUUCAGUGUCCAGAUGAACACAGCGUCUACUGGUUCAGAGCUGGAGCCGGAGAAUCGUCUCGGAGCCUCAUUUACACUCAGAAGCACCGGACUGAAGAAAGGGAGACGAGCUGUGGCUACAGUCUGUCCAGAACCAUCCAGAACUCCUCUGAUGCUGGGACCUACUACUGUGCUGUGGUCACAUGUGGACGGAUCCUGUUUGGUGACGGAACAAACGUGGAGACAAGACCGGACCCAGUUGUACUUGGACUGCUGCUGGUACUUCUGGCGUGUUCUGUUUCACUGAUUGCUCUUCUUAUUGUCUGCGUCAAACGAAGAAGAUUUUGUGAACACUGUAAAGAAACAAUGAAUGCCUCUCUUCAUCCAGAACACGGCGAACCAGCAGUGGAUCCAUCCACCAAACUGGCUGGUGACGCAGAAACAGAGAACUAUGUGGCGCUGGAUUUCUCUGCAAAGACAAAGAAAAAAAACAAAAGGAGGAGAGAGACACCGGAGGAGUGCGUUUACUCUGCUGUGAGAGCUUAGAACCACACACUGAG